GCAGCAGCAGCAGUAGCAGAAACGCCCUGCAUCCUCUAUCCUCUCCUGCAUCCUCUCCAGUCUCCUCUCCUCCAGUCUCCUCUCCUCCUCCAUCCAUCCGCGGUGUGAGCCCCGGCUCUCCUCUGCUCCUCCAGCCGCGGAGGAGACACUCUGAGCGGGAAGGAAGACAAACCAAACCUCGCCGGAAGAAAUGGCCUUUUAACACCUGAGAAAGUAGAAGCGCCAGAAGAGACAUGGAUCCUUUGCCUUUCUCCUCCUCCCUCCUCCUCUUCCUCGCUUCCCUGAGCUGCUUCCCCACUGCUGCUGACCGGAGAUUCGGUUGCCUAUUUGAGAACGAGCUGUGUACACCAUAUGAGAUCUGCGUCAACGAUGGCAUGUUUGGGAGGUGCCACCCUGUUCCAGUGAAGGAGGUUUACACCUACGAUGUCUCCCCGUCUGUAGUGCAACGCUUCAGGACGCUGCUGGAGAAGCUCUCCAAUAGAGGUUUGACCUGGGAAGAUGACACCACUCAGCAGGUUCUGUCCAAGGAGUUAUCCAAACUGAGGAGAGUCCCCUACAGGCCGCAGCAGAAGGGAGCUGUCUAUGACGCCGACAGCAGGCCAGUAGCUGAGGCAAUGGACCCAGUAGACCAGAGGGUGAAGCCGGUGGAGGUGGAGCUCAGCAGGAACCUGCAGAUGUACCUCCAACGUCUCGGCCUCCUUCCCAAGACGUCAUCUGCCUCCAGUCUGAGCACCCCGAGCAAGAGUGACCGUUUCCAGUCGGGCAUCCCAGCGGACUUCUAUCGCUCCAGGGCCCAGGUUUCGGCUCAGAAGUCGUCUCCCUCCAGCUUUUCCUCUCUUCCAUCAUUCUUGCCUCAGCAGAAGCAGAGACCUCCAGCCGACCAGCUUCUCGCCACGCAGGGCCGACGGGAGCUCCUCCUGGGCGCCCUGAGGCAGUAUCUCUCCAGGCAUCUGUCCCUGCACGACGGCGGGGUGAACCCCGAGGAGCAGGAGGCCCCCUCGCCCCGCCUGAGGCCCCUCUACAGCAACGGGAUAGAAAAUCCUGGGCUUAAGAAAGAGACCUCAAAACCCCGGCUUCUGAAGUUGGGAAGAACUCAAGGGGCUUCAGUCAAGGACCCUCUGACGUCUGUGGAUGAGAGGUUCAUCGAGAACGUCGUGAAGAGUGUCGGCAGGCACCACGUGGACAUGGACGGCCUGACGCCACACGACGUGAGCCAGCUGUCCAGCCUGAUAGCUGACGCCCUGCAGGUGGUCGACCAGGAUCGGGGACUAAACAGGGGCCCGACCCGUGCCAGACCAGGACCGAGAGACCUGGGGGGAGAGCAGAGGGAGGAGGAAGAAGAAGAAGAAGGAGAGGGGGAGGCUGCCAGGGAUGAGGAAGAGGAGAAGUUGCUUGAGAAUGCUCCAACACUAAAACCACAGGAGAGCACUGCUCUAGUGCCGGCAGCACUUCAAGAGCGUCACACGGAUACAGAGGAGCUUGAUAUGAAGGACAAGCCUAAGGGUGGAAACCUCUUCACCAAACUUCUCGCCUACCUGGACAAAACUUCCUUCAACGCCUCUCCCUCAGCAAGAAAUCUCGAUGACGUUGCCAUGGAGACACCCGGAGGCCAACAGGUGGGGCUGGAAAACGUCCAGAGUCGGACCAGCGAGGCAGGGAUGACGUUGCAGAAGAAGGACGCCACCCAGUCUGUGGAGGAGGUGUCGGAGUUGCAGGGCUGGAUCAAGGAAGUGGCGCCCCCUCCUGCUGCACUCGUGUACGAGGAGCCGCACAAGAAGACGAUGCACGUUCCAGAACUUCAGCUGGAUGUCAAGACCGGCAGGAAGAAGGCAGACGAUGACGUCUUCGGCUACGUCAUCACCGACACAGAUGGGCUCCAGACGGACGAAGGCCUCCACCUGAUGGAGAUCCUGGCUCGCAGGGCUAAAAUCCAGAUGACCGACUUCGCCGAGCUCUCGGUGGUGGGCCCAGCUGUGACCUUCAAAGUGAGCCCGAACAUUCACAACGUCAGCACCGCAGAUGUGGCCAACGUGGCAGUUCAGCAGAAAGAGGCUCUGGAGAAGGAAGCAAAGGUCAGCAUCCUGGAGGCCGGGGUCACCGAUGGAAGCCAAAUCAACCAGAUCCCCACCAAGUACAGCCAGGCGGAGUCGACCAAGUUCCUCGUCCUCACCGUCGUGUCCAUCCUGUGCAUCGUCGGCGUGCUGCUGGCCUCCACCGUGGUGUACUGCCUUCGCCACCGCUCCCACCACAAGCUCAAACAGAAGCUCACCAAUCUGGGAACAGAUACUGGCAGCGAUGCUACCGCCACCUAUCAGGAGCUCUGUCGGCAGCGCAUGGCGGUCAAACCUCCGUCUGAGCGUCCGGAGCCCAUCUCCUCCAGGAUCAACAGCGUGUCUUCUCAGUUCAGCGACGGCGGUCAAGCCGUCAGCCCCUCGGCACGGAGCAGCCUCUCCUCCUGGAGCGAAGAGCCCGCCCACUCCAACAUGGACAUCUCCACCGGUCACAUGAUACUGUCCUACAUGGAGGAUCACAUGAAGAACAAGGACCGCCUGGAGAAGGAGUGGGAGGCGCUGCGUGCCUAUCAGGCAGAACCCAACGCCUGCACCGUUGGCAUGAAGGAUGGCAACGCCAAGAAGAACCGCUCCGCUGCUGUCGUGGCAUAUGAUCACUCCAGAAUCACCUUGAAGGUGGAGAACAGCCAAGGCAACUCUGAUUACAUCAAUGCCAGCCCGAUCAUGGAUCACGAUCCCAGGAACCCGGCCUACAUCGCUACUCAAGGCCCUCUGCCCUCCACCGUGGCUGACUUCUGGCAGAUGGUGUGGGAGAACGGCUGCGUGGUCAUCGUCAUGCUGACGCCUCUCGUCGAGAGCGGGGUGAAGCAGUGCUACCACUACUGGCCCGACGAGGGAUCCAACCUGUAUCACAUCUACGAGGUGAACCUGGUGUCCGAACACAUCUGGUGCGACGAUUUCCUGGUUCGUAGCUUCUAUCUGAAGAACAUGCAGACCAACGAGACACGAACCGUCACUCAGUUCCACUUCCUGACCUGGCUCAACCAGAACGUCCCGGAGACUAGCCGGACGCUCCUCGACUUCCGCAGAAAAGUUAACAAGUGCUACCGGGGACGCUCGUGUCCUAUCAUAGUCCACUGCAGUGACGGAGCGGGAAGAAGUGGGACCUACGUCCUGAUCGACAUGGUCCUCAACAAGAUGGCUAAAGGUGCCAAGGAGAUUGAUAUUGCAGCGACUCUGGAGCACCUGCGGGACCAGAGGCCGGGAAUGGUUCAGACCAAGGAUCAGUUUGAGUUUGCGUUGACGGCCGUUGCGGAGGAGGUGAACGCCAUUCUGAAAGCUCUUCCUCAGUAAGAAGGAGCAACCUCCUUCUGAUGGACCUCCUUCCUCCUCUCCUGUCUCACCUAGAGGACUGUCCUUAUAUCUCCUCCUCCCAUCACCACAAUUCCUGCUUUCUCCUCUCCUCAUCCUCCCCCUCUGUCUUUUUUGUCCCGUCUCCUUUUUUCCCCAUCACAGUUUUUCCUCCUUUUCUUCCUUUGGUCCAAUUGUUAUUCAUUUUGUCCAGUCUUUCCUGUCCUCUCCUCUUCUAUCUUUACCCACCCUUUCCUUUUUAUUUCCUCGUUUCCUCCAAACGUCUCCUGCUAUAUCUCUCCCCAACUUUCUUCCUUUCCCUUCUCUUUAUUCUUUUGUGUCCUCUUCUACCUCCUCCCCUGUCUCACCUAGAGGACUGUCCUUAUAUUUCCUCCUCCCAUCACCACAAUUCCUACUUUCUCCACUUGUUAUCCCCUCUUUCUUUUUUGUCUCAUUUCAUCUCCUCUUUUCCCAUCCCAGUUUUUCAUCCUUUUCUACCUUCAGUCCAAUUGUUAUUCAUUUGGUCCAGUCUUUCCCGUCCUGUCCUAUACUCUUCUCCCCUCCUUUCCCAUUGUGAUGUGGCUUCUCUUCUCCUGUAUAUCUUUUUAACCACCCUAUCCUUGUUAUUUCCUCGUUGUCUCCUAACGUUUCCCGCUAUAUCUCUCCCUUAUUUUUCCAAAUUUCUCCUCCUUUCCUCUUUCCUCCUCUCCUUUUACCUUCUCCUCCUUCCACUUCUCCCCAUCUCCUCCUCUCCUCCCAUCUUAGUAAACAUUGUGUAGGGAAACCGUUGAACCAGUCCUGUACAUAGAUAGACCUUCCUUCUAUUGUAACGAUCCAUGCAGCCUGUUUUCCAAAGUGACAUUCAAACACAUUUUCAUAGAUUGAUAAAAAAAAAUAUUUCUGUAGUAUAUUUAUCAUAGUUUCUAUUUCAUUGGUCUUUGUUUUGAGUGUGUGUGUGAUGUUGACAUUCAUGUCAAUCAUAUUUGUGUCUGAUUUUUAGAGCCAUGCUUUCUGAUAUGUUGUCAUGCAGUAAGAGUGUGAGGAUUUUUCUUUUUCUUAACAGUAAGUGAUGAAAAACUGCCAAUAGGGCGUUGUCUCCAAAAACUUGUGCCAACUCCAUUAAAACAUCUGCAAUUUUCCACUUAUUGUGAGAAAUAUAAAAAAAGAUGCUGGCACUGGAUGUGAGGUGAAAUAACAUGGAUAUAUAUAUAUAUAUAUUUUUCAAUGUGUAAUUCUCAUUAUCCUCGUAGAAGCAAUAUUGUGUUUCUUCAACCUGAAUCAUUUUCUCUCGUGGACAACCAAUAAGUGUGGCUUGUCAGUGAAGUUACACUCAUGUCUGCCUUAAUAAUAAAAACACAGUAGAUGGACUCGUAAAUGUGUCCAGCCACGCGGAAACUAGGCUCGUGUGUAACGCUCCGUUUUAAAAUGGCCUUAUUUCAGCGGAUUAACCUGUGGAUUAAAGGUUUGCUGUGCUGUUGCUUAAUGAAAAUCCCUCUGAUAAACACUGCACGCUUUAAUAAGUUGAGGGCAGCAAGUUCCCUUCAGUCCAAAAGUUUGUGAGAGUCUUUGAAUCAGUUCAACAGCAGCAAUCUUGUGUACUUUAAAUAAUACAUUAUUAAUCAAUCUGAACGCUGGAAUGAGGCCAUUGUAAAAUAAAGUGUUUCUGACCAGAACUUUUAUGAUAAAAGAGGAUAGUCUUGCUUCUGAAUAGCAGUUCUUCUAUGUAGCAUUAAUGGAUGAUUUGUACAUGUACGGUAGCUGAACCUUUAUUGCAUUGAUAACUAGUUUGCGGUGACACUCAGCUGGUUUUCCCAAAAGCAUCCUGAGACUAACUGUUGUUUUGUUAAAUGAAAGGAGCAGCAUUAAAUGACCAUAUCAGUGAUUGUUUUACAUGUUUUAGCCCAUUUACUUCAAACCACUUGAACUUUAUUGCUGCUAACUAAAUCCUGUGUUUCUCAAUUUUUUUGAACAUACAGUAUUAUGCCUAUAUUCCAGGCAGCCAUUUAUUUCCGUUCAUUUCUGAGGAUUAAAAUCUAUUGGUGGAUGAAUUAUUGUCAGAACAUAAUACAGAGUGAACUUUUCAAAUCAGUCUUCACUCACAACCACAUUGCCACACAAAAAUAAUUGAACUUGAGCCAAAAAAUCUAUUCAAAAUAGGCCUUUAUGUAAAAUUAUAUUUAUAUUAUAUGUACAUUUGUUAUUGUUUUUGUCUUGUUUUGUAUAGCCUAAACCUAGUGAAUAAAUUGCUUAUUGGACUAUGCUACGUAAAAUGCGUAUUUCUAAUAAGCUUUAAAGCUUCAUCCUACAUUUCUGAACCAAAAAUACUUAAUGCCUUGUUGUUAUUUAUUCUUUAUUAUAUGCAUUCCUUUUGAGAAAUUGUUAAUAAGGACCAAAAUAGAUAAAUUAUUACUAUAUUGCUAUUGCUAUGAAUGGAAACCAAUGGCUUCCUAGAAAGCAGACAAACUGCAUUAAAACUCUGAAAGUCUCUGACAUGCAGUCAAAGAUAUACUACUUGGUUUAUUUAAGAUUCACGCUGCCCAGUUAAAUGCCUCCAUGGGCCUGGAAACAAAAUUAAGAUUUUUCACAAGUAGCCUGUAUAUUGGAGAAUUCUGGUAACCUGUUAAACACAAGCAUCAGUCUAGAGGUCAUUUAAUUUUUUUCUUGGCUUUCCAAAUAUGAGGGCAGGGACAUGGUUUUACCCAUAAACCACUGUGUUCGUGGGCUGAGAGAAAUAAUAUAAACCAUUAGGUUUUGGGAUAAGUAAGAGAACGGAGCUCAAUAUCUGGUUUAAUUGAACAAAACACGACUAACCUGCUUGGGGUGAACACAUCCGUUAUCUAAAGAUGCCUUUGGGAAAUAGCUCAUAGUUUGUGUAAAAUCAACUUAAUUUCACUACUUUCAAUUAGCUGACAAUAAAUGAACAGAUUUCAAAUGUCUAUCUAUGAAAUUGUAGAUUUAUUUGUCAAAUCUUAUUUGAAUCACCCAUGAUAUGACUUGCAUACACUCUGCUACUAGUGCAUGGCUAUUUAUUCAACAAAUGAGUGUUCAACUGUACUUUUAUGUGGCCUAAAGUUGAUCUUAGCAAACAAACACUUUAUUCCAGACUAUGUACUGCACGGGAAGCUCCAAGGACUUUAGAAGUGCAAAAGCCAAGGAUUAUCAUCUCUCGACUGUGCGGAUCAUGGUUAAAGCACGUUGAAAGGUGGUGCAGUAUCAAUAUGAUGUAACACUGCAGCAAGCUGGUGUCAUGUUGUUGGAAUCGACUCAUUUUUCAUCACAAAAGUGAAACAUGUUGCAAGAAAUGCUCCUUAUAACAGCUUGUUCAAUGUAAAGUUGGAUCUUAAUGUUUCUGCCGUUUUAAAGUUACCAUCAUGUAUGAAAAAGGGAAAUACGUGAAACGUCAUUGAAAUAAUUGAAAUUCUACCGGCCAUUUUUAAUGCAAGUCAACAUGUUAUAAUGGGUAUUGUUUUUGCAGCUCAGUAGGUCAUGUUCCACAAUGCUGUUCUGUCUUUCACACACUCCAAUCAAGUAUCAAUAGAUGGCUGGUCUGUUGCAUUAACACUCUGUACAUAAAACAAAAAAACAACAGAAGAUAUUUUGUUCUAUUGGUGUAAACAAAUUGUGAAUAAAGUCUCAUUGUCGAUGCAGUAUUGUAAUGCAAUCCUGA